AUGCUUAGAACAUUAAACAGAUCAAUUGCUCCAAUCAACAGAAGAUCUUUCAUUAGAACUUUAGCCACUACAACCAUUCCAGAAACUCAAAAGGGUGUUAUUUUCUACGAAAAUGGUGGUGAAUUACAAUAUAAAGAUAUCCCAGUUCCAAAACCAAAACCAACUGAAAUUUUAGUCAAUGUUAAAUAUUCAGGUGUUUGUCAUACUGAUUUACACGCUUGGAAAGGUGAUUGGCCAUUACCAGUUAAAUUACCAUUAGUUGGUGGUCAUGAAGGUGCUGGUAUUGUUGUUGCCAAAGGUGAAGAAGUUAAAAACUUUGAAAUUGGUGAUUACGCUGGUAUUAAAUGGUUAAAUGGUUCAUGUCAAUCAUGUGAAUUAUGUGAAAACUCAUUCGAAUCAAAUUGUGCUCACGCUGAUUUAUCAGGUUAUACUCAUGAUGGUUCUUUCCAACAAUAUGCUACUGCUGACGCUGUUCAAGCUGCUCAAAUUCCAAAAGGUACUGAUUUAGCUCAAGUUGCACCAAUCUUAUGUGCCGGUGUUACCGUUUACAAAGCUUUAAAAUCUGCAAACUUAAAAGCUGGUCAAUGGGUUGCUAUCUCAGGUGCUGGUGGUGGUUUAGGUUCAUUAGCUGUUCAAUAUGCUAAAGCUAUGGGUUUAAGAGUCUUAGGUAUUGAUGGUGGUGAAGCUAAAAAAGAUUUAUUCACUUCAUUAGGUGGUGAAGUUUUCAUUGAUUUCACUAAAGAAAAAAAUGUUGUUGAAGCUAUCCAAAAUGCUACUCAAGGUGGUCCACAUGGUGUUAUCAACGUUUCUGUUGCUGAAGCUGCUAUUUCUCAAUCAACUGAAUACGUUAGACCAACUGGUAAAGUUGUCUUAGUUGGUUUACCAGCCGGUGCUGUUUGUAAAUCAGAAGUUUUCUCACACGUUGUUAAAUCUAUCAACAUUAUUGGUUCAUAUGUCGGGAACAGAGCUGAUACCAGAGAAGCUAUUGAUUUCUUCACCAGAGGUUUAGUCAAAUCUCCAAUCCAAGUUGUUGGUUUAUCUAAAUUACCAGAAGUUUUCGAAUUAAUGGAACAAGGUAAAAUUGUUGGUCGUUACGUUGUUGACACUGCAAACUAG